GCAGCGCGUGUCCGCCAGGGCCGGGGUGAAUCCAAGAUGUGGCUGUUGAUUGGCUGAAAGAAAAACCAAUUGAGAGCCCUUUCACCGAGACCUUCGUACCGGGCCCAGGAUUCCAUUGGCCAGGGAGCGGGUGAUUUGCAUGCGGCGCAGUAUUUGCGGCUGGUGGGUGGGGGUGCUGUGGCUUUACCCUGCUUCGUCGGCUUUCGCUUAGCGCUUCCCCCGGGGCCUUCCUUCUCCCGCACAGAGCGGGCCAGCCGAGCUGGGGCUUGCUACCUACGGAAAUCGUAUUGGGCCGGCAGUACUGCCAGGCAAGAACAUUAACUUGGAUUUGUCCCACAUCCUGAGUAUUUUAAGGCUCUGAAGUUGUUUAUUCUGGCAAAAAAAUAACGGAUGAUCUUUGUGUUGUUAAAGCAAUUCUUUCCCAUGCAGGUAAGAGGAUUUAAAUCAGGACAGACUGCUAUUGUUAAUCCCUUAUUGCUUGCAGAAUAGGAAGUACCUAGUCCUCCAAUUUUGUUUUUCUCUUGUUGUGUGAGGUCAAGCUCUUAGGGGAAGAGAGGAAAUGGACUGUGAGCAACUGCACUACUGCAGCCAGUCCUGGGGCUUUAGGGACUUGGAGCUGUUAGGCAUCUUUUAUGAUACCAGGGACUUGGAACUAGAUGAUUUUUAAGGCCCCUUCCAACCCAAACUAUUCUGUGGUUAUAUGAUUUUAUGAGUAGAUGGGAAGAUAUUAAGAUCCUAGGAUUUCACAUUCACUUGUCUAUUUAUCACAGAAGCAGGGCUUCUCUGUUGAAUAUUGAAGGGCAGGAAAACUUUAUUUCCAGUUAAGCCUGCACAAACGCAGGUAUAUAGUUUAGUUAUUGGGAAAAAUUCUGUGUAACAUUGAAUCAGCCAAUUCUGAGAGCUGUAAAGUGGUCACUUGAGCAGAGUGUCAGUGGGUUGUUUAGACUAUUUUUAUUCUAGCCCAGAAAGGAAUGAUAGACUAGAUGAUUUUUUGAGGCUUCAGCUGGUUGUGUGUCUCUGCUUGAUUGUAUCACAUAGUUGCAGUAGUUUCCAGAACAGCCUGGUUGUCUGAGAAAACAGGGCAUCUCCACAUGGUCUGCUCAAAUCCUCAACUUUUUGUCUGACAAACUCAAAGCUACAGUGGGCAGAGACAAGAGAUGAAUUGCUGAUUGCUUUGGGAGUGGCACCUGAGUGAACUAAAGGGGCUAUUGCAUGUUCAAGGAUCCACCAUGAAGAGAUGCCAUAAAUGACUGUUAGAGCUGAUACCUUUUAAGGGAGAAGAUAGAAAGCUCCAGGAAACAGGACUUUGUCAGUUCUGCUGCUCUGGUCUACAGGGGUUGCCGACUCGUUACAAGAAGGUCUAAAGCUAGUAUUUUGCCUCUCUACCUGAAGCCUACCCAUAAUUCGAUUAGGUAUACAACGUGUUUCAAUACAGUGUGCUCUCACUAUGUACUUUUUCCUAUUUCCUACCAAAACAGAGUGUUGCUGGUUGUUGUUGUUGUUUGUUUGGUUUUUGUUUUUGUUUUUUUCUGGAAGAGUCCCCUUGUAUUUGGGAAAGGAAACUGAUAAAACACCACAUAAACUACAUGUUACACAUGGCCAGUCAACCUUGAAAUAUGCAGGACCUGCUUGCCAUAGCUGUACCAGGUGUGUCUGCCUUUCAUCGGCUUGCAUAGAAGUGUUGUGACUUCAGAGGAAUUACAACUGACUGUGGAUAGGACAGUGCUGUGAGGAUUUGCUCUUGAAUUUUUUCAACCUUUUUGAAAGCAAACCUGGCUGUUAGGGCUGGCUGCAGGCCCAAUGGGGGCAAGAGCUGGGAAUGGAGCUGGGCUGUACCUGACAUGGCUUGUAGAUGGCGUGCUGAGGAGGUGCAGGGUGGUAGGAAGGGCUUUACGGGUUGUCUUCAUUUAGAUGUUACUAUAAAAACUUGGUCAUUAAGUAAAAAACUUUUUCCCCCAACACUCAAAGAGCCGCUGAGCUCCGGGCGGUAUAAUUAAAUAUUGUUACGAUAUGCGUUCACGGAGGUUCACCUGGAUCACGCUCCGUCACAGCAGGUGCUCGAUAGCGUUUGAGGCCGGGAGGAUUUGGGGAAGGAUCUCGAUUCUCGGGGCGGCGGCACAGUCCAUCACCUGCGACAGGAAGAGUUCCUCACAGGUCAAGCCACCAAACCCUGAAGACGGCUCUGGGACCCGCGGACAGCGCAGCAGCCGUCACUCGCGGGGACCGCGGGACCACCGCCAGACCCACUGCGCUCGGCACUUUCCGCCACUCUCCGUGUGCUGCCGGGAGGCUUCGGCCAUUCCCGCCACCCCUCGGCUGCACUCGGCAAUUUCCGUUCCGGCUCGCCACGUUGUCGGGGUAACGCCAAGCAUCGCGGAGCGAGUGCGGCCUGCGGCACGAGCGGUGUGCAGUCUGUGACAGGUCCUGUUGUUAUGGCUGUAUAUGUGGAUCAUCGAACAGAUGCUCCUGAUUCCAUUGCCUCCUCUUCCCAUAUAGCCUGGCACCCACUUCAUCCACUCCUAGCAGUUGCUUCCAUCAGCACAGCAACUGGGGGCUGUGUGGAUAUCUACCUGGAACAGGGAGAACAUGUGCCUGAUUGCCGUAUUGAGAGAAGCUUUCAGGUCACAUUACUUGCCUGGCACCCUUCCAGACCCAUUCUGGCAUCAGGAUGGGAGACAGGAGAAGUUCUGAUACUGAACAAACAAGACAAGGAGCAGCACGCUGUACCCCCAAAUCACAGCACCAAAAUCACAGCCCUGAGCUGGAGUACAAGUGGUACCUGUCUUGCAUCUGGGGAUGGAUAUGGUGUCUUGUUUCUGUGGAAAAUGGACCAUCGAGGCAGAGUCCAGGGUCCUGCCCUGGUUAAGCAGGAAUAUGGGAAAUGCUUGUGUCAUUGUGUCUUUCGGCCACCCCUUCCUGGCGAAGACUUUGUGCAGCUGGCAAAAGCAGCUGUGAGUGGUGAUGAAAAAGCCUUGGAUAAAUUUAACUGGGAGAAAGCUGGAAUAGGACCACCUCUGAAAACGACAGUCCAAGAAGGUCUCUCAUUCUUUAUCACUUUGACAGAUGGUUCUGUGCACUAUGUGAAUGAGAAAGGGAAGUCAAGGCAGGUAUUGUCCACGGACAGUCUGGUCCGAAAGCUCCUGUUGUUAGAGGAGAGAGAUGUUUUACUUGUAAUAACAGAGAAUCUGCAGUUGUCCUUACACUCAGUUUCUCCCGAGGGAGAGGCAGAAGAGCUCAUGAAGGUGAAGUUGAGUGGGAAGACUGGUCAUUCUGCAGACAUGAUUUUAAUAGACCAUAGUCUGGUUGUUACAGCAUUAGGUGAGACAGUCAUCAGGUUCUGGGAUUUGGAUCGAGAUGAGAACUAUGUGCUCUCCCUAGACAUGCAAUUCGGCUUUGAGAGGGGAGAAUGUAUUAACUGUGUGUCUUACUGCAGUGCUAAAGCUAUCUUGGCAGCUGGAACUAGCAAGGGUAGAGUCGCGAUGUGGAAGAAAGCAGCAGGAUCUGAUCAGAGCACAUGGGCUUUGGAGGGCAAGGAGAAGUGGAAGUUCCAGGCAUCUACAGAACUUGAAGGAAAUGUCACUCAGAUAAAGUGGGGAUCCCGAAAAAACCUGCUGGCAGUGAACAACAUCAGCUCUGUGGUGAUCCUCAGUGAGCAGGCCAUGUUGGCACAUUUUCAUCAGCAGGUGGCCGUGGUACAGGUGUCUCCCAACCUCUUCAAUGUGACAAUCUUCAGCACAGGAAUCACUCACAGCCUUCGUGUUGAUAUGAAUGCUAAUGGAGUCUUUGCUACUAAGGAUGCUGUAGUAUUCUGGAAUGGGAAGCAAGUGGCUGUCUUUGAGUGCUCAGGAGAUGCCUUUAGAAGUGCAGGCUCUUUCCUUUGUGACUCUCCAGUUCUGUCUGUUCAUGGAGAAAAUCUGUACACAGUGGAACCGUAUCGGAUCCAGGUCCGCACCUGGCAGGGCACAGUUAAACAGUUGCUGGUGUUCUCUGAAGCAGAGGGGAAUCCUUGCCUCCUGGAUAUCUGUGGGAAUUUCCUGGCUGUGGGAACUGAUCUGACUCAGUUGAAAAUCUUUGAUCUCUCACGCAGGGAGGCAAAAGUACACUGCAACAGCAAGAGUUUAUCCAAGCUGCUCCCUGGCUGCAGAGAUAUUGUGUCUGUGAAGUGCAAUGCUAAUGGCAGCAAAGUCAGCAUCCUUGUCAGCAGGGCAGAUGGGAACAUCGAUUCCAAGAUCUGUUUCUAUGAUGUUGAAAUGGACCAAGUUACGCUCUUUGAUUUCAAGGCUGAACAGGGACAUGGUAGAGAGAACCUUUCUGCUGGACAAGGCAUUGGCAAGUUUGUAGUGGAGUAUCCAGAGUUGAACAGUUACAUCCCUGCUCGCCAUUUUUGGGACCAGAGUGAACCAAGACUUUUUGUAUGUGAAGCAAUUCCUGAAACAGGCUUCCAACCUCCUGACCAAAAGGAAAACCAGACUGAGGGCACAGUGGAUGUUUGGAUUAUAUCCUUCUUCAGCACUGAAGAGCAUGGCCUUUUGCUGCAAGACAGCUUUCCAUUGCCUUCAUCCUACCAGGUUCUUCUGGGCAUAGAGGUGCCACAUUAUUACUUUGCAAAAAAGUUGUGUUUUCAGAGGGGAUGUCUCUAUAAACCUCUGGGAGAAGCUGAGAAGGGAGCAUCAGAGUCUGGCUCAGGAACAGUCCCUCAGAUGGUUGCAAGAAGACCCAUGAGAGAUUUCAUUGGAUUGGGGGACUGUGAUAGCACCACCCAGGAUGCCAUGCUGAACUUCAGCUACUAUCUGACUGCUGGAGACAUGGAUGAGGCCUUCAAAUCCAUCAAGCUGAUAAAAAGUGAGGCUGUCUGGGAGAACAUGGCUCGUAUGUGUGUGAAGACUCAGAGGCUCGAUGUUGCCAAAAUUUGCCUGGGGCACAUGGGUCAUGCAAGAGGAGCCAAGGCACUGCGGGAGGCUGAGCAAGAGCCAGAGCAGAAGGCCAGGGUGGCUGUGCUGGCCAUCCAGCUGGGCAUGCUGGAGGAUGCAGAGCAGCUGUACAAGGCUUGCAAACGCUAUGACCUCUUGAACAAGUUCUACCAGGCCUCCAACCAGUGGCAGAAAGCCAUCGAGACGGCUGAGGCUCAUGACCGGGUUCACCUGCGCACCACCCACUACAACUACGCAAAGCACCUGGAGGCAACCGGGCAGCAGUGCCUGGCACUCACCCACUAUGAAGAGUCAGACACACACAGGUUCGAGGUACCUCGAAUGCUCUCUGAAGACUUACAAGCCCUGGAGAACUACAUCAACAAGAUGAAAGACAAGAGCCUGUGGAGGUGGUGGGCACAGUACCUGGAGAGCCAGUCAGACAUGGAAUCUGCAUUAAAAUACUAUGCACUGGCUCAGGAUUAUUUUUCCCUAGUCCGUGUCCACUGCUUUCAAGGCAACAUUCAAAAGGCUGCUGAAAUAGCAAAUGAAACGGGGAAUGGGGCAGCCUCCUAUCACCUGGCACGGCAGUACGAGAGUCAGGAGGACAUCAAGCAGGCUGUGCACUUCUACAGCCGGGCCCAGGCGUUCAACAACGCCAUCCGCUUGUGCAAGGCGAAUAAUUUAGAUGAUCAGCUGAUGAACCUGGCUCUCCUGAGCUCACCAGAAGACAUGAUAGAGGCAGCCUGCUAUUAUGAGGAAAAGGGGGAUCAAAUGGACAGAGCUGUUAUGUUAUACCACAAGGCAGGACACUUCUCCAAAGCCCUGGAGCUGGCCUUUGCCACGCAGCAGUUUGGGGCCCUGCAGCUCAUUGCUGAAGACCUGGAUGAGAAGUCAGACCCAGCCCUGCUCGCCCGCUGCUCUGGGUUCUUCAUUGAACACGCUCAGUAUGAGAAGGCAAUGGAGCUGCUGCUCACGGCCAAGAAGUACCAUGAAGCUCUGCAGCUGUGCCUUGAGCAGAAUCUGACCAUCACUGAGGAGCUGGCUGAGAAGAUGACAGUCUCCAAGGAGUCCCAGGAUCUCUCCGAGGAGUCCCGGAGGGAGCUGCUGGAGCAAAUUGCUGACUGCUGCAUGAGACAAGGCAACUACCACAUGGCCACCAAGAAAUACACACAAGCAGGAAACAAGUUAAAGGCUAUGAGGGCAUUGCUGAAAUCUGGAGAUACUGAGAAAAUUAUCUUCUUUGCGGGAGUUUCCAGACAGAGAGAGAUUUAUAUAAUGGCAGCCAACUACCUGCAGUCACUGGAUUGGCGUAAGGAUGCAAAGAUUAUUGCAAAUAUCAUCAGCUUCUACACCAAAGGAGGGGCCCUUGAUCUCCUGGCAGGUUUCUAUGAUGCAUGUGCUCAGGUAGAGAUCGAUGAGUAUCAGAAUUAUGAAAAAGCCCACAGAGCACUGACAGAAGCAUACAAGUGCCUUUCCAAAGCAAAGGCCAGAAGCCCUGUGGAACAGGAAAGCAAACUCAGACACCUGCAGAGCAGGAUGAGUCUGAUGAAGCGGUUCAUCCAUGCUCAGAGAGUUUACCCUGAAGACACUGAAGAAGCAGUCAGGCAGUGUGAACUGCUCCUGGCUGAACAGGACUUUGAUGAUGCCAUCCGGUAUGGCGACGUCCUGGGAUUUUUGGUUCAGCAUUAUGCACAAGUGGAGGAAUUCCAUACAGCUUAUCGCUACCUGGAAGAGAUGCAGAAGAGAAUUCCAGCCUCAAAUCUGAGCUACUAUGUGUCCCCACAGACCAUGGAGACCGUGCACCAAGGAGCUGGUGUUCCCAUGAGCCAAGCCCUGUCCCCAGCACACACUGGCCAUGGUAGCACAGACAACAAGGAGGAGGAAGAAGUGGCUGAUGAAGUGGAGAACCCCUGACAAUGAGCACUUACCAAAUGCAAAGCUGACUUUAUUGACAGCUCAUUUAUUCCAUCCUCAUUAGGGGGCUCAGAUCAGUCAUAUGCUGUUGCCACACAGCUUUUUGGUUAUUACCAAGGAAUUUAUUUUUCCUGCUUGACUGUACAAGCAAUAGUAUUAGAGCUAAUAUGUUCUCUCAAGCACAGCAUACAGUGAUUCACAUGUAUAUCCUGUUAGAAAGCUGGUUUAGUAUUUUAAUAAAUUUGAGGCAGAAAAAAACAGUAA